AUGGGGGUCACCGGGAUCAGCGUCAGCAAGAAAGCCCUGGCAAAAGCGAAGAACGGAGAUUGUGGUCGGGACUUGGAUCCCGAGUUUGCGUGUGUUUCUGGUCUGGCUGAGCGGCUUCUUGGAGUCGACGAGCUGGCUUUGGGGAUAAACUGGCUGGGGUGUUUGAGGAUUGGAUCCGUAGAGCCUGUGUUGGACCGUAGACGGCUGGAAGAGGUCGAGAACUGGCAGAAGCGCAAUCUAGCUCGAAAGCUCGAUUGA